AUGUCAAAUAAUCUACCUGCAGAGAAUCAAGAAAAAAUAGAAAGUUUAUCGAAUAAUAUUACCCAAAUAACAGAUAAUUUUAAUCAAUUAUACUUAGGAGAUAAUAAUAAAUCUCUAGAUUAUUUUGAUGAAAUUAUUCAAGAAUUAUUUAAUCUAUAUGAUAAAGAAAGGUCAAAAGGAAAAAAUUCAGAAUUAAUUUUGAAUACUUUGAAUCAAUUUUUAUUAAAAAAUAAGCAAAAUUCGAAUGAU